CAGAAAUAUUGUUUAAAAAUGGCGGCAAAGGUUGGCAAUGUAACUAGGGAAAGUUGUUUACAUCGACUAUUUUAAAUCAGAAAUAUGCCAGGAGUUGUGAAGAAGACUGUGGUGUGCUACGUCUGCGGGAGAGAGUUUGGCUCAUCUUCUGUUUCAAUACAUGAGCCUCAAUGCUUGAAGAAAUGGCAUGCAGAAAAUGGCAAACUGCCUAAAGGCCAAAGGAGAAAGCCACCAGUCAAACCAGAAUUUUUACCAUCAAUUGGAAGUGAUUCAAAUGACCGGGAGCGCUUCAAUGAAGCAGCUUGGCAGAGUGCUCAAUCACAGCUGCUGCCUUGUGAGAACUGCGGCCGUACCUUCGCCCCAGACAGACUCCCCAUCCAUCAAAAGGGAUGCAAGCCAGAUAACCCAAUGCAGUUAAAGGUUAAAACAGGAGGAUCAGGUUCAAAUCAGAAUGGCUCUUCAGACGACCAGGCUCGCCCCAAAACCGUCAAACUUUCGGCCCCGAAAGUCUUGCAUAAAACGAACGCUGUAGACCUAGAGAAACAGACAACAAGAGACAACACUAUUCCACAACAGAGAAAUAGCACCAGUACCCCAUCUUCAGAAGGAUCCAGCACUCCCGUUAGCACAGGUCCCGGUUUACAACGGGAGGGUACUUACACAUCACCCAAUCAGCCGCCGCAAAAGUCUAAGCCAGCUCCUCCAGCUCCCGGCUUCGUUUUAUGCUAUAUCUGUGGAAGGAAAUUUGGAUCAAAGUCGUUAGAAAUACAUGAACCCCAGUGCCUUGAAAAAUGGAAGAUUGAGAAUGAUCAAUUGCCAAAAUCUCAGCGACGUAAACCACCCAAGAAACCAGAGAUUGCUGGAGGGUCUGGAGGGAGUUAUGACGUUGAAGCCAUGAACAAAGCUGCCUGGCAGAGUGCACAGAGCCAACUUUUACCUUGUGACCGAUGUGGCCGAACCUUUGCCCCGGAUCGUCUAGCAGUUCACCAGCGUGCCUGUAAAGCACCCCCGGGUGCCGCCAAGCCAGCGGCUACUGGACGUGGCAGUGGGUCCUCAUCAGGGAGCUCUGGUGGUCAAGCGUCACCAACUAAAUCCAAAGCUGCUCCUGCCGGUCCUCAGUUUGUACUGUGUUACAUCUGUGGCAGAAAGUUUGGAACAAAAUCUGUUUCUAUUCAUGAGCCUCAAUGCCUUGAAAAAUGGAAAAUGGAAAAUGACCAAUUACCAAAAGGACAGAGACGUCCUGUUCCAAAAAAGCCUGAAGUGUUAAAAGCUGCGGGUGGUAGCUAUGAUGUUGACGCCAUGAACGAGGCAGCGUGGCAGAGUGCUCAGGCUCAGCUCAUACCUUGUGGUAACUGUGGGCGAACUUUCGCACCUGAACGCCUUUCAGUACACCAGCGAAGCUGUAAGCCGAAAGGUGGGGCAGCAAGUAUGGGUACCUCUUCGACCUCGGCACCCCUUAGCCAGACCUCUGGCGGGAUGAUGGGAGGUAACCCCAAGGGAUCUUCACCUCCAAAAGGAGGACCAAGGACUGUGGUAUGUUACAUUUGUGGGAGAGAGUUUGGAAGCAAAUCUUUACCAAUCCAUGAGCCUCAAUGUCUGGAGAAGUGGAAGAUAGAAAACAGGAAACUGCCAAAGGAACGUCGUCGUCCUAUGCCCAGGAAACCAACAACUGAAGAUGGGGCCUCACUUACGAGGGAGCAGAUGAAUGAUGCAGCAUGGGAAAAUGCCAAAUCUCAGCUGAUUCCUUGUGAAAAUUGUGGGCGUCGCUUUGCUACAGACAGACUGGAUGUCCAUCAGAGAUCAUGUAAACCUAAGGAUGGUAGCCCACCAAAACCAGCCAAGCAGGCUGCACCUCCUCGUAAGCCGAAUUUCAUGGUAUGUUACAUUUGUGGUCGGGACUUUGGUAGUAAGUCAAUCUCUAUACACGAACCGCAGUGUCUGCAGAAAUGGUCCAUAGAGAACAGCAAACUGCCUCGACACCAACAGAGACCAUUACCGAAGAAACCAGAGAUACAAAAUAUCUCAGGUACUGGAUCAUACAGUGUUGAAGACUUCAACCAAGCUGCUUGGGAGAGCGCUCAGGCCCAGCUUGUCCCUUGUGAUAACUGUGGACGUACGUUUAUGCCGGACCGACUGACUGUACAUCAGAGAAGCUGUAAGCCAAAACCUCCCAAGGAAGCCUGAAGACUGGGAUUGUGGCUUACAGCCAUAAGGAAUGAGGUCUAGAUAAUGAGGAUAGUACUAGUGAUGAGUUGACCGAUUGCUCAUGAAAGUUUUAUAGAAAUGAAAAUUUUUAAAGCAAAUUUUUAAUUUGUUGAACCAGAAUAAGUUUUGAAGAAAAAAUAAAUUAAUUGGUAGAAAAUGAUUUCCAAUCUGAAUUUUUAAUUAAGAGUGAACAUUAGGUGGAUUAAUUUACAUAAUAGAUUAUUUGAGCUUAGGUCAGGUGACAUUUAAAUAAGAAAUCUGAAGAAAAAAUCAGAAUUUGGUUUUAAAGAACACCCACAUGAUAUUUUUUUUUUUAACUUUUUGAAGUGUUUUUCCCUUUAAUUUAUAUAUAUGCCACCUGCUCAAUCAUGUACAGUAUAACAAAAUUGUAGUUUGCUAUAUUUUACAAUGUCACUUUGUUAUACUGCCAUUCAGUCAAGUUAUGUCAUUUCAGAAAAUAGGAAAAGGGGCAUUAAAAAAUAGUGGCACUAAACAAUAUUAAUGCAAAUGAACAUUGAGACGAUGGACAUUUGAUAUCAAGGUUCCAUCAAGCAUUGUGAAUAGAUCUAAAUAUGAAAGAGUAUUUUUAUUUAAUUGAUUAAUUAUUGGUACGUUUUGUUAUAAAAGUGUUUUUGUUUAGAUUAGCUAUACAUACUUACAAUAAUCCUUGAUGAUUCUUACCUAAAUAUUUUUUGCUGAGAAAUAUUUUUGAGAUUCACAGGUGCUUAUAUGAUUUCUCUGUGAUUUUAUCCAAAUAAAUUAACACUCAAUAAAUUACAAUCUGCCCAACUGUACAAAUUGGUAUCGGCACAUACACUCAUGCAACUUCUGAUUAUAAUCACCUCACCUAUAAUAUAUGGACUACCAGUAACUUUUUUUCUGGAUGUAAAGCAAAUUUUUAUCAGACACAGGUUCAAUUAAUAUAGAAAUAUAUUCAUGCUGUAUAGAGGUUUUUGAUACUACAGAGAUUUGUUCGAAUUAAUUUGAAUAUAACCCAGUGCUCAAGUGAUUCAGAUGCAUCCCACGUGCUUGGUAAAAUGUUUCCAUAAAUUAUGAUGUAUUGUUAAGGUUGAUGUUCUGUUAUAGCAACUCGUAUUUAUGUUCAAAAUAUAUAUUCCAUGUCAAAAAAUUGUAAAAUGAAUGAAAAAAUCUUUUCCUCGAUCUCCACUUCUCAUUAACAUUUUUCAGCAAAUCUCUUCAGUCUUCUUCAAUAUUAUUGAGUAUAUCUAUUUCUGAUUGACAAUUCUCAGCUGAACUUUGUAUAUUGUUGAGUAUAUCUAUUUCUGAUUGACAAUUCUCAGCUGAACUUUGUAUAUUGUUGAGUAUAUCUAUUUCCGAUUGACAAUUCUCAGCUGAACUUUGUAUAUUGUUACAUUCUUUGUUAUAUUAACUUUAUGAUUACAGGGUGACUUCUGUGUAUGGCAGGGUCAGGUUGACCUGACACUUUGACCUUUGUGUAGAAUGUUUAAUGCUACAAGAGACUGCUUGUUAAGGCUCAGUUUAUCAAGUUUUGAAAGCAAUUCCAUUAUCUAUGAAAAAGUUCAAGAGAGCAUCUAAGCACCUGAUCCCUAUUGCAUGAAGUGGGUCCGUCCACCUAUAAAUAAUUUUCUAUAAGUGUUACAUACUGUGUUUAUCUUGUAGAAGCCCCUGCCUGGUAAUAGCCCACCCAUAUUUAUUGACCCUCAUGAUAAGUAGGAUUGCAAGCAAAUGCUUUUUCAUUGUCCUGUAAUAAGCCCACCCCUACGUUGAUUAUCAUUUUGUUUGUUACCCACCUAUAGCCAUGAAUACACCUGUAAUUAAUUUCAUUAUUUAUGAUAAUCAGUGUAUGUUAUGGUAUUACACACCUUUACUGUAAAUACUUGUUAAUACAAAUACUAUUUUCUUGAUGACAAUUAUAAUUUGAGGAAGAUUACAUUACAAGAUAUAUAUAAAGAUGUGUCAAUGAGGUGAAUGAUCUGAACACAUGAAAUGCUUAUGACCAUCUCCCAACUGUUGAAUAGAAUUAAUGAUGUUUUCAUUAUCACAUUUAUGUUACUAGUUUUCCUGUUAGGUUGUACAUGGACUAUCAAAUAUUUUGUCAGGAGUUGAUAGAGAUGAAAUGUGCAAUCAAAGUUUGUAUAAGAGCUUCUGUAUACUUGGGAAUUUUGCACAGUCCAACUUUUGCCAUUCACCAGGAAUUCCAUGUAUAGCUGCCCAGUUUUGAUUUCUCCCUUUACAUUUACGGUAAUCACUAUGACUAUUAUGUUGUUUACCAAUGUUCACUGAAAUGUUAAAUUUGCCUUCAUUGCGAACGACGAAAAAGUCGAAUAUGAAACUGCAGUGAAAAUUUCCUGGUAUACAGUAUUUAGGAAUUAUCUAACUUGUUACGCUUCAAUGCGUGUGAGGCACAAUUUGUCAUCAUCUUCUAAUGAGUGACCAAAUAUGGUUAAUCAUUAGCAGGUAUCUCUGUCGACACCGAGGUGUGUUUGGUUAUCAUCUUGUGCAUAAACACCAAAUUAAUGUUAAUGCUGGCACUUGAGUUAAUUAGGCCAUUAAAAAAUAUUUUUAAAAGUGAAUAAUAAACCAAUUAAAAAAAAGGACCAUUCCAGUUGAUAAAGUGUAUAUAGAGGCUGAUUGGGUUUGGAACAGUUCUUUUUAAUUAGUUCUUAAUUUUUUUAUGACUAAACUCAAGUGCCUGUGGUGUAAAUACUGGGUAUGAUUUACUUGUCAUUGAUCUUAUGAAGUUAGAGGAUGUUGUACAUAUCAGAUACCAUUCAUCAUAUCUUUACACAAAUACUAUAUAAUAAUAUAUAUAGACAUGCACAUGUAUAAUUUGUUUGUUAGAAAGUCUACAGAUUUGUUAAUGUUUCUGACAAAAUUUUUGAGAUAUAAAUUGUUUUGAAAAAGAUUGUUUGAUAUACAUUAUUUAUUUUAAGAGUAAGUAAAAUGUUAAAUUGAAUUGUUACAAAAUAUUAUAUGUAAUUGAUCUGAAUGUUAAAAUAUCCUUGUCUAAUUUUACGACUUAUAGCUACUUCCUGUAUAUGUAUGCAUGAUGUCUCAAAACUCUCACACUUUGUUCAAUAGUCAUGCAAUCUUUUAAUUGUUAGUAAUAAUUGUAUGUUUAGGAAUUUAAAAAAAUAGAUUUUGACCAUAAUCUGACCUUGGCUUGACCUUUGCCUGAUCUUUGCCUGACCUAUUUAAAUUUGCUGUAUGUGAUAUGUUGGUUUAAUUGACCUUUGUUUGACUGAUAAUACCUAGUAAUGAAAUGAUUUGUAUAUGAAUCAUUUUCUGCAAGGUAUCAUUUUCAGUUCAGAAAUGAUUCAUCAAAGAUGGAAAAAAAAGUUUCAACAGUUUUUGGCAGUGGUACAGGGAUCCUUAAGUAGACAUUGGAUAUAUUAUCCUUGUAUUUACGACCCUUGUUAAUUUUACCCAAGUUAUCAUAUUUGAAUGAUUAUUAUUUGUUUCAAUUAUUAUGUUGUUAUACUGUGUGCUUAUUGAUGACCUAGUAAUGUUGUUUAGUUUAUAAACUGUGAUAAACCCGCUAUAUAUUUUUGGAGCUGAUUUUUGUGAUAACAAUAUACAUUUGUAAUGAUAUUACUGAAAAUCUUACCACAUGUUUUUUUUGUCUCACCAGAUUUUUGACUUCUGACAAUAUAAAACAAAUUAGCCCUGUAUUGAAUUUGCCCGUAUAUACUAUAUAUUUAUUGUAAUAUUUAACACCCAUGUUGUACUCAUUGAUGUUCUAGGGCAAAAAGGGGGGAAAUGUAUUAGAGCAAAAUUCCAGUUUGAUGGUACAUAUUUUGCCCCUGGAAUAGCAUAUAAAUACCUAUGUUUAAAACAAAAAUCUGAACCUAGUAAAAUGGCUAGCCUGUAACAUAAAUUUUCAAUAUUUCUUUUAAUUUCAAUGAAUUGAUACAGAUGGAUAUUUGUUCCAUUCAUUUAAUAUUUGUCAUAAAAUUCUAGAGUAGAGCACAAACAAAUUGAAAUCAUGCUUAGUAUAGAUAAUAAUUUUACAUGAUUUUCCCUUUUAAAGCUGUAAAUUACAUGUUUAAUGUUCAUAUCGAAUUUGAAAAUUUUAAGAAUAUUUAAUAAAAAAAAAUAAUUUAAAAAAAGGGCUUCAGAGUCAAAAGUCUCCCAUUUAUAAAUACUGAUUUGGAUGGUUUGGAAACCACAAUUUUGAAAAUCAACUAGAAAAAGACAAAAUUUCUGUACUGUACAUGCAAAUAUGAAAUGUAAUAUUUCUUUUUUUAUAUAUUUUCAUUUCAUUCCAUGCUACAAUAAACCAGCCUAAGUUAUCUAAACAAUGUCUGUGUAGUCCUCUUCCAGUGUUCCAGUCAUGAUAUUGCAUGUUUAUGUGAGAUAAUAUAGAACAUACUGUUUAUAUUUAACAAUUAUUUUAGACUCUUAAACAAAUUUCACAAUUUAUAAUAUUUUGAAAAAAAGAAAGGUAAAUAACAUGACACAUUUAAUCCUAAAAAUAAA